GUGGAAAAUGUUCGGUUACUUGAUCGUUUAUCUUCAAGAAAAGCUGCAGUGGGAACCUUGUAUUUAACAGCUACCCAUGUCAUAUUUGUGGAGAAUGGUUCUGAAACUCGUAAAGAAACCUGGGUUCUUCACAGCCAAAUUUCCUCUGUUGAGAAGCAGGCCACCACUGCCACUGGUUGCCUGUUGCUCAUCCGCUGCAAGAACUUCCAGGUCAUCCAGCUGGUCAUCCCUCAGGAACGAGACUGCCAUGAUGUUUACAUAUCUCUGAUACGUCUGGCACGACCAGUUAAAUACGAAGAGCUGUAUUGUUUCUCAUUCAAUCCAAAAUUAGAUAAAGAAGAACGAGAACAAGGCUGGAAGCUUGUGGACCUCAAUGAAGAAUAUAAUCGGAUGGGUAUUCCAAACAACUGUUGGCAGAUUAGUGAUGUAAACAGAGACUACGGAGUCUGUGACUCCUAUCCUACAGAAGUGUAUGUACCAAAGUCUGCGACUGCACACAUCAUAGUGGGAAGCUCUAAAUUUCGGAGCCGAAGGCGUUUCCCAGCUCUUUCCUACUACUGCAAGGAUAACAAUGCAUCCAUAUGUAGAAGCAGCCAGCCUUUAUCUGGCUUUAGUGCUCGAUGCCUUGAGGAUGAACAGAUGCUCCAGGCCAUUAGAAAAGCGAAUCCAGGAAGUGAUUUCCUAUACGUUGUUGACACUCGUCCCAAACUCAACGCCAUGGCAAACAGAGCAACAGGGAAGGGAUAUGAAAAUGAAGACAACUACUCCAACAUCAAGUUCCAAUUUAUAGGCAUUGAGAACAUCCAUGUCAUGAGAAAUAGUCUGCAGAAAAUGCUUGAAGUUUGUGAGCUGAAAUCACCUUCAAUGAGUGACUUUCUGUGGGGCCUAGAAAAUUCUGGCUGGCUGAAGCAUAUCAAAGCCAUUAUGGAUGCUGGCAUUUUUAUUGCAAAGGCUGUGGCUGAGGAAGGUGUGAGUGUGCUUGUUCACUGCUCUGAUGGCUGGGAUAGGACAGCCCAGGUUUGCUCUGUAGCAAGCCUUCUAUUGGAUCCAUAUUACAGAACUAUGAAGGGAUUCAUGGUGUUAAUUGAAAAAGAUUGGGUUUCCUUUGGUCACAAAUUUAACCACAGGUAUGGCAAUUUAGAUGGAGAUCCGAAGGAGAUAUCCCCUGUUAUUGACCAGUUCAUCGAGUGUGUUUGGCAGUUAAUGGAACAGUUUCCUUGUGCCUUUGAAUUCAAUGAGAGAUUCCUCAUCCACAUACAGCAUCACAUCUAUUCUUGCCAGUUUGGGAAUUUCCUGUGUAACAGCCAGAAGGAGAGACGAGAGCUGAAAAUCCAAGAACGAACGUAUUCCUUGUGGGCUCACAUGUGGAAAAAUCGUGCAGAUUACCUGAAUCCUUUGUACAGAUCAGACCACAGUCAAACUCAAGGAACCCUGCACCCACAGAUGGCUCCAUGCAACUUCUUGUACAAGUUCUGGAGUGGUAUGUACAACCGCUUUGAAAAGGGGCUGCAUCCUCGACAGUCAGUUACUGAUUAUCUGAUGGCAGUGAAGGAAGAAACUCAGCAGCUGGAAGAAGAGCUGGAGGUCUUAGGAGAGAGAUUGGCAAAUCUUCAGAAAUCACAAUUAAAUGAUAAUAAAGUAAAGAGUAAGCAACAAGACCGAAGCAAACAGUUUGGGCUUUCUACUUCCAACAACAGCUUAGCUAACACUCCCCAGGAGUACAGCAAUGAUCUGAAAUCAUUCCCAUCCCGGAGCCCUUCACAGGAGGACGAAGAUUCAGCCCUGAUUUUGACACAGGACAACCUGAAAAGCUCUGAUCCUGACCUCUCAGCUAACAGUGAUCAGGAGUCUGGUGUGGAGGACUUAAGCUGUAGAUCCCCAAGUGGGGGUGGCUGCUUGCCUAGUGAAGAUAGUGGCAAGGACUCAGAUGAGGCUGUAUUUCUGGCAGUCUGA